ACACAAACAUCAAGCAUCAAUUUGGCGAGAUUUGGAACGUCUGCAAAGUAUUGGGAUAUUGCUUUGAUCAGUUUUGAAACAUUGACGGUGCAAAUUACUUUGUUAACUAAUGGCCAAACAUCAUCCUGAUCUCAUUUUUUGCCGUAAACAGCCAGGAGUUGCUAUAGGUCGCCUCUGUGAGAAAUGUGACGGCAAAUGCGUUAUCUGUGACUCGUAUGUGCGUCCGUGCACCUUGGUCAGAAUUUGCGACGAAUGCAACUAUGGUUCCUAUCAGGGCCGUUGUGUGAUCUGUGGAGGGCCCGGGGUAUCGGAUGCAUACUACUGCAAGGAGUGUACCAUCCAGGAAAAAGAUAGAGAUGGUUGUCCAAAGAUUGUGAACCUUGGUAGUUCUAAAACGGAUCUCUUCUACGAAAGGAAAAAGUAUGGGUUUAAACAACGAUAAAUAUUUAGAUUUAGCAUUUGCUUUGGUACUAGGUUUAAUUUUGAUAAAUAAAAAACAUUGAAAAUGGAAGGCUAAA